UUGGAGAAGUGAAAUAUGUGCCAUGUAAAAAAGCUAACGUUUAAGUUCCUUGCUCAGAACAUGAGAACAUAUGAAAGUUGGUGGUUCCUUUUAACAUGAGACUUCAAUAUUCCAAGGUAAGAACUGUUCUAUAAUUAAAUGCAUGUUUGUGGGUGUGCUGUAUUGCACCCAAGGAUAAACAGCUGUAGUGAUAUUUGUGCACAUGCGUGUGUGUUUAUGCAUGUUUACUGUGUAGGCAGUAGCAGGGUGAACCUGGUGCCCCUUUCGUCUGUUGUGGCAAGCUCCAGGGACACUGUCCUGGCUGUAGUCAUCUGCAUCGCUCUGACUUCUGUCCUACUGGCCCUAAUGCUUUUCUGUGCCAUCUACUGCAAAAGACAGCUGGAGAAGAAACCUCAUGAGCCAUGCCAGGGUGGUAGCUGCCAUGAUGCAAAGUUCCCCAGCUUUGAGAAUAUUCAGGUCUAUCAGCUACAUGAAAUCACCUCAAACAGCUACCAUGGCACGGGCAUAACUUGUGGUCAAGUGAAGCUUUUCCCUUAUCAGUUCUCUGAGGAACCUUGCAGCACGGAGAACAGCAAUGGUAUGGCCACAUAUCCUGCCUGGGACUCACAGAGAAGACCAUUAGAGAACACAUUGCCCAGUGAGCUGAACCAUGAUCUCUACCAAACUGAUGUGGAAGUGUCUGAUGAGGAAGACGAGAAGACGUGGACCCAUGCUGUAUUAAACUAAAGAUCUGGGAUUCACUAAACUGAGUAGGCCUAAAAGCAGAGCCCAUUUCUUCAUGAGGAUAACCUUUGAUAUGUUGACUGUCAUAACAGACUUGUGGUUAUGUGAAAGACAUUGCAACUGCUGACAGAAACGUGACUUGCUGGUUUCAAAGCCAUUCAAACUUGUAUUUUCUGCUUCUGUUAUUUUCCAGAGCUCAUCUCAUUGCUAUUACCAAAUAUGUGUGGGCCAAUGUCUGAUAUAGUCCAAGUUUAAAUUUAACCAAUUCUCUUGGAUUUUUAAAAAGCUUAUAAUUUACAGUCUCAUCCAAAAUUAUUGGCACGCUUGAUAAAGAUGAACAAACAAUUCUGAGCUAUUGUAUUUUAGUACAAUUGCUUAGAAAAAGAUAGUUUAACAAAUAAUAAAAAAUCUCAAUGAUGGAUGG